CAGAAUCUUGAAGCAGCCAUCUAAAACAACUACAGCGCCCAGUUCAAGCGCAUGCACGUCACCUGAAAGCACUAAAUUGGGACUUUAGAGCUCCAAGCAGCGAGUGAGGAGCGCGCGCUCCGCGUAUUGCCUUGCGCGAAGCCCUUUGGCUGGAGUUGGUGAGAUGGACUCUCGAGAUCAAGGUCGUGACUUCGAUCAAGGGCGACCGCGCGGGAAGCCAAGUAGACGCAAUGCCACAGAUAUCGGGACAACAUAUGUACACUUUCUACACGAUCGCAAGGCGAAAGGCAGAGGCACACGAGGAUUUGAAGCCGAGAGAGACUGCCCGAGCUAUGUAGCGAACAUCUUACCUCCAGCUGCUCGAAGGACCAGAGCUGUCGACACGAUCCCGGCCAAGCAUCUUCAUUCAUCCUUCAACAAACUCAGACAACCCGUCAACGUGGUAAGAUGGACACCGGAAGGUCGUCGAUUACUUUGCGGAGACGCGGAAGGUCAUUUCACUCUCUGGAAUGGAACUGGAUUCAAUUUCGAGACUAUCAAUAGUCAUCAUGCAUCGGCGAUUCGAGCUAUCCAAUAUGCGCACAGUGGCGAAUGGAUCAUCUCAUCCGAUCAUAACGGUGUCGUGAAGUACUUCCAGCCCAACUUCAACCCGGUGAACGACAUUCAGGCGCAUGGAGAUGCUGUGCGCGGGUUAUGCUUCUCACCGAAUGACGCAAAAUUCGUCACAGCCUCAGACGAUGCCUCUUUGAAGAUCUGGGAUUUUGCCACAGGAAUGCAGGACUCCCAAUUGACCGGCCAUCAGUGGGACGCAAAAUGCGUUGACUGGCAUCCUUCGAAAGGCCUGAUUGUAUCCGGUUCAAAAGAUCAUCAAGUCAAGCUGUGGGACCCACGCUCUGGCAGAUGUCUCACAACACUCCACGGCCACAAGAACACCGUCAACAUGACCAAAUUCGAGCCCAGCAGAGGCACUCUCCUCGCAUCCUGCGCUCGCGACCAGACCGUACGAAUCUUCGACCUCCACAUGAUGCGCGACGUCUUCCUCCUCCGCGGCAAUGAGAAAGAAGUCAACUCCCUCGUCUGGCAUCCCUUCCACUCAAACCUCCUCUCCACGGGUGGCGCCGAUGGCGCUCUCUACCACUACCUCCUCGACGAACAACAUCCACCUCCCGGCACACCUCUCACGAUCCCUCCCUACGACGCUCCCAACCCCGCCGAUGCUCCCGCACAAACCAUCUACCCCGCCCACAAAAUCCAACACGCUCACGAAUACAACAUCUGGACCAUGGACUGGCACCCAAUGGGCCACAUCCUCGCUUCCGGCUCCAAUGACCGCGCCACUAGAUUCUGGACCCGUCCGCGACCCGGUGACUCCCACACCAUCGCAAACGAUAAAUGGCACAUCGGGCAAGCCGCCGCCGAAGCCAAAGGAACCUGGGGCAGGAAAGACGAGCUGCGCGCUCGAGAGGAAGAAGAAGCCGACGACGACGCCGAUGGUCUCGAAGAUCAGAACCCCGCUGGUCGACCGAACUUCCUCCCCGGUCUGGCAGGUGGUUUCGGCUCCGGUCUUCCAGGUCUCGCGACUUCUGCUCCACCCAGCCAAGUCGCGGAAGUCCUUAACCCCAACCAGUUCCCAUCCAAUAUCCCUCUCCCUAUGCCCGCCAACCUCCCUCCAGGCAUGGACAUGGAGACUCUCCGCCAAGCCGCACAGGCGUUUCAACAGCAACAGCAACAAGGCGGUGGAAUGCCCGGUAUGCCUCCAGGUAUGCCGCCUGGCUUUCCGCCCAUGCCGGCUGGUAUGCCGCCCAUGCCAGCUGGGUUUGUGCCGCCGCCGGGAUUCCCGCCCAUGCCGCCGGGCAUGCCUCCUAUGCCUGGAAUGGCGAAUGGUGCAGCGGGCGGUGGUGGUGGAGUGAGGAAGCGUGCGCCGUUGCCGAGUCAGCAGGAUAGUUUGAUGGCGGAGAUGAAGCAGGGGAAGUGGCAGAAGCCGAGGUAGUUGGAUGGUGAGUGAUGUGUUGCAGAUAUAAGAG